AUGCAACUGUUCUGGUACCCCGAGCAUGGAGUCGAGCCUUUCAGCACAAUCCGAGUCAAACUCAGCGCCACCGUUAUCAGCAACCUGCUUCAACUGGCUUCGAAGAUACACGAGAUCAUGAUUGUGGCGUCACUUGCCUCCAUAUCCGUGGCGAUGUUCAAACGAAGGCUUGUGGGCAAGGGUGUCCGUCUUGGUUUCCUUACCGGCGGAUAUCGUGUCGGCGAUUUGGAGUAUCUUCUUAGCGGGGCGUUCUGGAAGCAAGGCAAGGACGUCAGGUUGAACAUUUGGGAGGUCGGAUUGGUGGGGUAUCUCGUGUUCGCCACGAUCAUGUCCACCGUCGUCGGACCGGCCUCUGCGAUUCUUCUUGUCCCGAGUCUGGGUUGGUUCGACCUAGAUGGUGCUUUUCAGAACGUCAAGAUGCCUCUCAGUUACGGUGCGCUACCUGAGGAUGCGUGGCCCCGAAAUCUUAACGGCUCAUCACUUGAUUCGACUCCAGAAUGCAACACGACCGAAGCACUCUACACUUACUGGUGCCCCGUCGGCGGCUUCUCGGACAUCUGGAAUUGGGCGGAGGGCUUUCGAUACGCCGGACUCACCAACAACCUCACUUUUCAGCAUCCUUCCACCGAGCUUCGCCGACGUCUGUCACUCUCAGAGUAUCCAGCCGACCGAAAUGGGUCAGUACUAAUGUUUACGACCCCGUCAAGCUCCAUCAUGACAACAAUUGGUCUCUUUGCGAACUACAUCGCCCGGAAACCUGUCCCAAUUGGCACCGUCACAGAUGCAACGAGAUAUCAACUUACGACAACGACGCCCUUACAGCAACCGUUCGUCCACGGCAAAUGCGUGCUGUACGAUCGCGACCAACUUCUCCAGGAAAACGGUCUUCCGUACUUUCCGGUUUCAGCUCUAAACUGCUACGGUGAUGCGGGCUGUCUCCGAGUCCAGAAAGAUAAACCGACUUUCAAGUCCAGGACAUGGAACGACACAAGCACUCAUCCAAGAAUGACCUAUAACCUCCACUACUACGACAAGAAGUCUCCCGGGGGAGCGAUGCUCUGGGCUGGCACGAUUCCGUACGUCGGCGACAGCACGAACACCAAUCAAAAGCUUUGGGUAUACACUUGCAGCUUCAUGUCUCGCUGGGUCCCGGCGUCUUUCACCAUUGACUCCGGUGAUUCAAGUAUGCUUCUGUCAAAUUUCAGCUCACUGGAGGACAUGAGCCAGGCCUUCGAGGAUUCGACGCCCCAGCCAGAUCGAGUGGUGCAGCCUGAUCCCAGCUGGGUAAGGUUGAUCGACCCAAGCUUCAACAUGACCAGAAUGAUGCCAGGGACGCCUGAAAACGUGGCCGAGGUCUCGGAAACGUCACCGAUCAAGUUAAUUCUCAACCAGUUCCUGGACAGUCGCAGCAACAACGGGACAAAGGUCACGUAUAUAGACACGGUCGAUGGUGAUCAGAAAAGCACCGAGAUAUUCCUUACAAAGGUGUUCGGGGUGCUGCUGACCGAUAGUCUGGCCCGGACGUCCUCGCACGAGAAGGCCGCAUUGAUCCUGGAUGAGAGUCCAACCUCGAUGAAAUGGAUCGACCUCAAGGAACAAAGCGGGUAUCGAUCUGGUAUUCACACGGUCGAGGCCACCAACAACCAGACAUUCCCAUCGGUUUCAUAUCUGAACGACGACAAGGACCGUACGCCUCUCGACAUGUCCGUCGAAGAUGCCACGCAACAGUUCCGCAACAUGGUACAAAUUGAUUUCGACACCCAGCGCUACGGGUACGGAUCCGGCCAGUUCACAAAGACCCUGCAAUUUGCCCUUAUCAUGAUGUACAUCUAUCUUGGCAUCGUGGGUAUCUACGGCUUUACCAUUUUCUCAUCACACGCUGCUGAGCUAUUUGGUCAGUUGCUGGGCCGCCGCAGGUUUCAUUUAAGGAGUGUCGUGGCCUGGGGAGAUCUGGCCGACCUGAUGUUGCUGGCUUUGAGGUCGAACCCGCCCAACGACCCAGAAUUAGACCACGUUGGCGCGGGCGUGAGAAAGACUCAAGGUGUAUGGAACAAGGUUGUCAAGGUCCGCAUAGACGAGGACAACAAAGUGCAGCUCGUAUUACAUGAACAAAGGGGCGUGGGGCCGCCGAAGAGAAAUGUUUUGUAUUCCUAG